AUGGGAAUUCCAAAGUUCUUUCGAUGGAUGAGUGAGAGAUAUCCACUUUGCAGUCAACUGAUACAAGAAAAUAGAAUUCCUGAAUUUGAUAAUUUAUAUCUUGACAUGAAUGGCAUUAUUCAUCAUUGCUCCCAUCCAAAUGAUGUGGAUGCUCACUAUCGCAUAUCAGAAGACAAAAUUUUCCUUGAUAUAUUCAACUACAUCGAUCAUUUAUUUACAAAGAUUAAACCGAAAAAAUUAUUUUUUAUGGCAAUAGACGGUGUUGCUCCAAGAGCUAAAAUGAAUCAACAACGAGGUAGACGAUUCAGAACAGCUAAAGAUGCUGCUGAAGCAGUUCGAAGAGCUGAAUCUAAAGGAGAGUCUUUGCCAAAAGAAGCACCGUUUGAUAGCACGGAAUUCAUGUCAAAGCUUUCUCGUCAACUUGCAUAUUUUAUUAAUAAAAAAGUAUCAGAAGAUGCUAACUGGAGAGGCAUACAAAUAGUAUUAUCUGGGCAUGGUGUACCAGGAGAAGGAGAACAUAAAAUAAUGGAAUAUAUUCGUAAUGCUAAAGCUCAAUCAGAUUAUAAUCCUAAUGUUAGACAUUGUUUAUAUGGAUUAGAUGCUGAUUUAAUAAUGUUAGGGCUUUUGAGUCAUGAUCCUCAUUUUGCUUUGCUUAGAGAAGAGGUUACAUUUGGACCUAGCAGCAAAAAGAAGAAGCAUGGACGAAUAGAAUCGCAAAAUUUCUACUUAAUGCAUUUAUCACUCUUACGAGAGUAUCUAGAUUUGGAAUUUUCCACUCUUCGUGAAUCUCUUCCUUUCGAAUAUAAUCUCGAAAGAAUAAUAGACGACUUUAUUUUGUUGGCGCUUUUUGUCGGCAACGAUUUUAUCCCACAUUUGCCUAAUCUUCAUAUUGCUGAAGGGGCACUUGGUUUGAUGUUUAAAGUUUACAAAAAAGUUUUACCACAAGCUGGUGGUUAUAUUAAUGAUGGAGGAAUAUUAGAUUUAGAAAGAUUAGAGAUGAUAUUUAAUGAAUUAACCGUUUUUGAGAAAGAAACUUUUGAAGGUGAAUUUGAUGAUAUAAAAUGGUUCAAAGGAAAGCAACGAAAAAAUAUAGAUCAAGUUGAAAAGGAUAAAAAAAAGAAGAAAUUAGUAAUUACUCCCAAGCAACAAGAAAUUUUCAAGCAGAUGAAAGAGUUGGUUGAAUCACGAUCAGAAGAACCUAUUCAUUUUCCUGUUGAUUAUCCAGCACGAGAUCGUACUUUCAUUAAAAAUUUAGCAAAAGAUUUAGCUAUUCAGCAUUCUGUAGAAUAUGAAGAUGCAGGAGAUAAACAUGUUUAUGUAGAAUAUGAUUCUGAAGAUGAAUCUGAAGAUGAAAUGAAAGAAAUGAGAGAAAAAGUAUUUAAAAAAUAUGAAAACGCUGAGGUUAUUGAGGAUGAAGAUGUAGAAGCUUUUGAGGAAAAAGAAAGACAACAAUAUGAAGCGAAAUUUAUUGAUUGGAAAAAAGAAUAUUAUUUGGGAAAGAUGAAUAUCGAAUAUGAAAAUCUGGAUGGCCUAGUCGGCUCCUAUGUAGAAGGAUUACAAUGGGUAUUACACUAUUAUUAUAAUGGUGUAGCAUCCUGGGGAUGGUUUUAUCCAUAUCAUUAUUCACCGAAAGUAUCUGAUUUGUACGACUUAGGAAGAUUUGAUAUUAAAUUCGAACUUGGUAGACCCUUUAAACCUUUUGAACAAUUAAUGGGUGUUUUACCCGAAGGAAGUAAAAAACUUUUACCAUCGCCAUACCAGGAUCUCAUGACAGACCCUGAUUCGCCGAUAAUAGACUUUUAUCCUAAAGACUUUGAUCUUGAUAUGAAUGGAAAAAAGCAAGAUUGGGAGGCCGUCGUUAAUAUUCCAUUCAUUGAUCAAAAAAGACUAGUCUCUGCUCUUGAUUAUCUUAAUCAUUGCCAUUGUCGAAUGGAAACUUAUAAUCUCCCUACUUUAAAUGGUUUAUAUCUUAACAAAGGCUUAUGUGAUGGUGUUAAAUUAGGAAUGAAAGCUAUGGCCGGGUUCCCAUCAUUAGAAACAAUUCCUCAUACUGGAGUGCUAAGCAGACAUGGUGUUAACGUUUUUAAUUCAGAAAGCAGAAAUGAAACUAUGGUUAUUACACUUGUGAAUGAGUAUGCUGAUAUGAAAGCGCAGGAUAUAGCAAUAAAAACUCUUGGCAAAAGAAUAUUUGUUGGUUGGCCUGUUCUCCAAGAAGCUUUCGUGCAGGCUAUUUCCGAUGAAAAUUUCAGAUAUGAAUUGUCACAUUACAAUAGUCAAAGACAAGAUUACUUUAAGAAUCACCAUUUCGUUAGGAAUACCAGGAAUCCUCAAGAAGUUAUCAAAAUUCAACAUAGGCAAGACGUGCUCGAACACUGGCGUCGAAAGGCUGACAAAUUGGAACAAAAUUAUAACAAAAGAUAUGGAACUAUCACAGGAACUGUGGAAAUCUUAGCUCAUGUUUUAAUGCUAAAAGGUCUAAGGAGACAGAGCAACGGUGCAUUGGUAAAGGAAUAUGCAAGUCCAAGUGAAGAAAUGGAAUAUGCUAUUCAGACAACUGUGAAUAGUGUUGAAUGCGAAGAUCCCCGAUAUGAAGAAAAGCCAGCAACUCAAGUAGCGGAGGAAUUUCCGAUCGAAACCCAAAUUUUCUUCCUUGGUAGUCCAUAUUAUGGUUGUCCAGGACUAGUUGUCAGUAAUGCUAAAAAAAAUUUAGCAGUGAAAUUGGUUGUUGAUCCAAAUAAUAUUGUUGAACCUGAUUUCGGCAAAAAAAUUGCGAAUGAUUUUGAUAAUCGUGUGAAAUAUCUUCCUUCUUUUCAGGUUGCAAAAAGAUUAAGCAUGAAUGGGUUAACCUUGAGUAAAUUAACAGCUAGUUUAUAUGUGAUUUGUAAGUCAACUGAUCAGCGGGUCAACCUUGGACUUAAUUUAAAGUUUGAAGCAAAAAAACAAAAAGUGUUGGGAUAUACAAGAAAGUCACGAGAUUCUGGGUGGGAAUAUAGUGAGAAAGCGAUUGAGAUUUUGGCACAAUAUAAGGAAAAAUUUCCGGAAUUCAUUCAAGCUCUUGAAGAAAAACACAAAGAUGAAAUUUAUUCUGCUGAAGAUUUUUAUCCUAAAGAAGAAGCUGUUUCCAAAGUUCAUGCUAUAAAAGAUUGGUUGAGAACUGUCGAAGUAAGAGACUUCGAGAAAGUAUCGCUUGAUGCCGAAAGAUUAGACAAGGAAGCAAUAGCAAAAAUAGAACAAGCAGCAGAUGAAUUUACUAAUAAAAAUUCUUUCAAAAAACUCGUUGUUCAAAAAAUUCCAAGAGAUGUAUUAUUGAAACCAUCACACUCUUCAACACGUUUACAAGGUCAAAAAUUUAGCCUUGGUGACCGUGUUAUAUUUGUUCAGGAUUCUGGAAAUGUUCCGAUUGCUGCUAAAGGUACAGUGGUUGGUAUUGAGAAAAACAAUAUUGAUGUGGUUUUUGACGCUUCAUUCAUGAGUGGUUCAACGUUGGGAGAUAGAUGUUCUCAGUACCGUGGUAUGUCCGUACCUGGGUCUGCUCUUCUUAACUUAACAGAUAUGCAAUUCAUUGAUCACAGAACAAAUCAUAGCAAUGGAAUUGUUGGAUCAAGAUCAAUAAAUUACACUUCAAAUCAACCACGAUCAUCCUUAGGACAGAAUGGUCAUUCUAACCACCAUAAUUCAUACUAUGGUGGGCGUGUUGGCAAUAGUAAAAAUCAUAAUAUGUAUUUAAAUUCGAAUCACAACAUAAACGGUUCACAGAAUGUGAGAGCAAUUAUGAGUUCCAACCGAGUUCGUAGUGAUGGCUAUAUAUCAGCCUCAUCAACGUCUUUAUCACAACGAUCGACCUCACAAAUGUACGGUCUUUCGAAUAAAUAUAUACCGAUUCAGAAUCAUGCCCCCAGUCAUUACCGUAAUGCAUUCAACGGAAAUAUAAGAGGUGGAAAUGGGAAUGGUUUUUUACCGAGGGGUAACGCUGGUGGGCGUGGAGGACAUUAUAGCAAUGGUGUGAACGGCUUUACACCCAGAGGACGGGGAAGAGACGACGGGAAAACAUAA